GACCGACCACGACGCACGCUAGCACGCACGAAGCCAAACAAGAGGAGGGGGGAGAAGCUGAGGAAACCCGCACCCGCGUCCGCGUGCUCUGCUCCGCCCCUGGUCCAUCCGCUCCCCUCCUCUUCCGCCGCCGCUCCGCUCCGCGCCUCGCCCGGCCUUCCCAGAGGAAGGAAGGGGCGCCGAGGCCCGCCAAAGCGUCUGUUCGGCAGCGUGCUCCGGUGCUCGUCGUUCGGGGGAUGGCGUACCGUGCGGACGACGACUACGACUACCUGUUCAAGGUGGUGCUCAUCGGGGACUCCGGUGUCGGCAAGUCGAACCUGCUCUCGCGCUUCACGCGCAACGAGUUCAGCCUCGAGUCCAAGUCCACCAUCGGCGUCGAGUUCGCCACCCGCAGCAUCCACGUCGACGACAAGGUCGUCAAGGCCCAGAUCUGGGACACCGCCGGCCAGGAAAGAUACCGAGCUAUCACAAGUGCGUACUAUCGUGGAGCUGUAGGGGCACUUGUUGUCUACGAUGUCACACGGCAUGUCACCUUCGAGAACGCGGGGAGGUGGAUGAGGGAGCUCAAGGAUCACACGGACGCCAACAUCGUGAUCAUGCUUGUCGGGAACAAGGCGGACCUGCGCCACCUCAGGGCUGUCCCGACCGAAGACGCGAAAGCGUUUGCUGAGAGAGAGAACGCCUUCUUCAUGGAGACGUCGGCCCUGGAGGCGAUGAACGUGGAGGACGCUUUCACCGAAGUGCUCACCCAGAUCUACCGCGUCGUGAGCAAGAAAGCCCUCGACAUUGGCGAUGAUCCUGCUGCGCCUCCCAAGGGGCAGACCAUCAACGUCGGCGCCAAGGAUGAUGUGUCUGCGGUGAAGAAAUCUGCCUGCUGUUCGUCUUAGAUUGAAAUGAUAGAGCAUGUACUUGAUACUUUUGUAGUAGAGGGCACACGAUGUUGUUGCAGUCAUGGUCCUCGUCUGUAUUCUUGCGUUACCAAGUGUUUCGUGUUCAUUUCGCCAUUUGAUACAUUUAUUCAUUCAGGACUUCAGUUUGCUGGUAUAGUUUAGGGAUUUGAAAUUGUGCGGCUAUCAGAUUUUCAAACAGGCCUUCUCUC